CAAGAUGGCUUCCUCUUUGCGCGUUAGAGGCCGUGCUUGGCGAACGCGUUACGGAAGUUUACUGUUCGAGAUUCCAUUAAUUACUAAGGAAUCCGUGUAACUUUCAGCUGAUAAAAUGGUACAAAAGAAGCCGAAGAAGAAGGUGGGAAAGAAAGUAGCAGCUGCUCCUUUGGCGGUCAAGAAAGUUGAGCCAAAGAAGCAGACAAAUCCCCUUUUUGAGAAGCGUACCCGUAACUUCGGCAUUGGCCAGGACAUUCAACCUGCUCGUGACCUUAGCCGAUUUGUUAAAUGGCCUAAGUAUAUCCGCAUUCAGCGUCAAAGGGCUGUAUUGCAGAAAAGACUGAAGGUUCCACCACCAAUCAACCAAUUUACACAGACAUUAGACAAACAAACUGCAACACAGCUCUUCAAAAUUCUGGAAAAGUACCGUCCAGAAACGGCAAUAGCCAAAAAAAUGAGGUUGAAGGCUAGAGCUGAAGAAAAAGUAGCGAAGAAGGAAGAUGUGCCUACUAAGAGGCCAAAUGUUAUACGCAGCGGAACUAACACCGUGACUACCCUCGUUGAGCAGAAAAAGGCCCAACUGGUUGUUAUUGCACACGACGUCGAUCCCAUCGAGGUGGUUCUUUUCUUGCCAGCUCUGUGUCGUAAGAUGGGAGUACCAUACUGCAUCGUGAAAGGCAAGGCACGAUUGGGAAGGCUUGUGAGACGCAAGACCUGUACAACAGUUGCUCUUACCCAGGUUGACUCUGGAGAUAGAGCCAAUUUCACGAAAGUUAUUGAAGCCAUUAAGACGAACUUCAAUGACCGUCAUGAUGAGAUUAGGCGUCACUGGGGAGGUGGUCUUCUUGGUAGUAAGUCUGCGGCUAGAAUAGCUAAGCUGGAGAAGGCCAAAGCUAAGGAACUUGCUCAGAAGCAAGGCUGAAAUAACUGUUAACAAGAUCACGUAUUGUAAAUGCACAUGGCCGUUUAAUAAACGACACCAACUUAACUUUUAUA